GCCCAAAACGGCGCCACCCUAAUCGCAACCCGUUCUUGCGCGGCCUUUGAACAUCAUCGCGCCGCCGCUCUUGUAGACACGCAACCUUCUUCUUCUCGUCGCUCGCUACGAUUUUCAUGCUAUUUUCCCUUCUUCAGGCCGUUUCUUUGAGCCCUGCUCCUUUUGUUGAACUACCCGAUCGCUCGCUACUGAAUGAAUAACCAUCUGUGAACUCCCCGCUGUGCCAUCUCCGAUGGGGAAGUGGCGUUAUGGUGUGAUUCUGGACGCCGGGUCCUCUGGGACUCGUGUCCACAUAUACCGAUGGCUCAAGAGCGACAUCGCUCGCAGUAAGGCGAACGAAACCGAUCUACAAAGAUUACCUCGGAUCGAAACGGACAAGAAGUGGACGAAGAAAAUCCAUCCUGGUAUCUCGACCUUCGGUGAUAGUCCUCAUGAAGUUGGACCGGACCACCUGGACGAACUCCUCAACCAUGCGCUCGAGCAUGUGCCUCGCGAGGAGGUCCCGAAUACCCCUCUCUUCCUCCUCGCUACCGCAGGCAUGCGAAUACUGGAACCACCGAAACGGAAAGCAGUCUUGAAAGAAGUGUGCGACUUUGCGCGAAAGGCGACUAAGUUCCAGCUACCUGAUUGCGAUUUGCAUGUGCAAGUCAUACCAGGGGAGACUGAGGGGCUUUAUGGCUGGAUAGCAGCGAACUAUUUACUGGGAGGCUUUGACAAGCCGAAAGAGCACGACCAUGGAAAGGGCCAUCACACAUAUGGCUUUCUGGACAUGGGCGGCGCAUCGGCGCAGAUAGCUUUUGCCCCGAAUGCGACUGAAGCCGCGAAACACGCCAACGACCUGACGCUGUUACGGUUACGGACUGUGGGAGGCACGCCAAUGGAAUACAAGGUGUUUGUGACGACGUGGCUUGGUUUCGGAGUCAACCAGGCUCGGCAGCGCUAUGUCAAGGCUCUGCUACAGUCUAGUCCCACGGCCGAGGAAUUGCCCGAUCCAUGUUUACCUUCCGGCUUGAAAGUGACCACGGACGGGAAACCCCUGGACGACGACGAACCCAGAAUCAAGCAGCCCUACCUCAUCGGGACCGGAAAAUUCACAGAGUGCAUGCACCAAACCUACCCGCUCCUCGAGAAGGAGAAGGAAUGUCCCGACCAACCCUGUCUCGUCAACGGCCAACACGUGCCCGCCAUCGACUUCGCCGUCAACCACUUCGUCGGCGUCUCCGAGUACUGGCACACGACGCACGAAGUCUUCGAAAUGGCGCACAAGGACAAGGCCUACGAUUUCAAAACGUACCAGCAACGCGUGCAAGACUUCUGCAGCCAGGACUGGGACGACAUUGAAGCGCUCGUCGCGAAGAAGCACUGGGGCAAGAAGGUCGAUAAACAGACUGCCCAGGAGUUAUGCUUCAAAGCGUCCUGGCUCAUUAAUAUGCUGCACGACGGCAUCGGCGUCCCGCGCGUCGGCCUCGAAGAAGCGAAGGGAAACACGAACGGUACCAAGCACCUCCUCGAUGGCGCGCAUGAAAAGGGCUUCCUCGACCCGUUCCAAGCCGUCAAUAAAAUCGAUGACGUCGAAGUCUCCUGGACACUAGGCAAAAUGGUGCUGUACGCCUCGAGCGAGAUUCCUCCACGCGGCGAGGAAGCGCUCGCCGUGGGAUUCGGCUCCAACGUCCCUGGCCCAGGCCUCCCGAGUGACUUCCAGCAUCCCGGCGGCGCGUAUACACCGUAUACAACAAAGGCCGGCGAGGAAGAGAAAUGGCACGAUACCCUCUUCGCGGAGAAUUCGCGGCGCAUCCCCGGGUUCCUCAUCUUCGUCGUCCUCGUCUUCGUCAUCGGCUUCGUCCUCUGCGGCCGCGAACGCAGGUCCUCGGCCGCGCACAAACUCUCGCGUCUGCUAAGCUCAGCUCGGCACCGCCAUCAUCAUCUUCAUCGUCAGAGGAGCGGCAAACCAGGCUCUCACCACGCGCGGAAACGCGGCAUCGGCCGCUUCGCAAUGCUGCCGGGUACGUUGUUCCGAACGCGGGGUUCGCGCACGCCGUCGUACGAGCGCGUCUUGGAAGAUGGGACCGCGGUGCGGGAUUUCGAACUCGGCGAUGUGGGGGACGAGCGGUACUCGGAUGGGGAAUCGUAUUCGGACGAUAGCGAGGGGAGUAGAGGGAGUAGUCGCGUGGGCAGGACGAGCGGGUGGGCGACGCCGCAGAUGAAAGCGGGGUUACCCGGGAGUGCGGCGCCGGCGGAGCAGUAUUCUGAUGGGAUGUAUGGCGGUGGGAUCGCGAGUCUUCAUGGGUCGAAGGUGAAUGUGGUUGCGCAGGGGGGUGGGUUGGGAUUGAGUCCGCCGUGUGGUGGUGGUGGUGGUGCGUUUGGGUUUGCGUCUGCUGCGAAUGUGAAUCUGAAUGCGAUGGAGAGGGGGGGAUUGAUGAGUCGGACCGAGAGUCGGGAGAAGAUUGCUGUGGGCGUGGGGAGGAGGAGUAGGACGGGGAGUCCGUCGAGGUUGUUGAGGGGGAAGGGGUUGGGGUAGGUUGGAGUAGCGUGGUGCUGCUCUGUGUGUUUGUUUGAUUGAGCCUAGGAUGGGUUUUUAUUGAGGUUUUGGUGGGAUAGGUGGUUGGCGUUUGUGCAGGACGAUGGCUUCUGC